AUUCAAAUUGAGCGGAUGAGGUGAAUGAUAUGAAGCUAGUUAGAACCUUUCACCCUCCUAUAAAAAUACAUACAGUCCACGAACCAUGUACACCCACGCCUCACUUCUAAAGAUAUACUUACAAUAUAUAUAUACGAUCAUAUAAUUAUAUAUAUAUACCAGAAAUCAUUUAAUUAAACCUUCGGCCAGCGAGAGAAGAAGGGGUAAAUAGAGACUAAUAUAAAGAGUGGAUCGCCACCAGAGGGAGAAAGAUCUUGUCGGAAUUUCGGCCGGACUAGUUUUCUGUGCUGGAGAGGGAGGGAACCGCCAGGUCGUGACGGGCACUGGACUGACAGCCAAACACUUCUCGCCGCCGGGAAAGACAACUAAGACGCGCCGUCCUGCGUCGCCACCACGCUGGAGUAGAGGAGUAGCUGGACCGCUACCGUCGCCACCAUAUGGAAACGGGUCGCUGGAUGUCUGCAGUAGCCGAGGACGUGUGGAAGCUGCGCUAAGGACUUCCUCUUCUCUGCGUCAAUAUCGUCGAAGAAGAUGGCAAACUAAGGUGAUUCUGAAGAUCGAGAUAAAUGCUUCAAAUAGGAUUUAUUGCAAAUUAAGCUUAUCAGCUGUUUAAAGGGAUUGAUCGAUCGAGAUGGGCAGCCUUCAGAAUGUGAAGCUCGUUGUCACAAAAAGGAAGCAAAACAAUGAAAGUGGGAAGGCACCGAAAGCUCUUCCGGUGGAUUCAGGCAACACUUCUAUCAUUCAAAAAAUCAAGAAAGAAACCGAUGUGGAGGCCGGUGGUGAUCAUAGUGUUAGAUUUGAUGACGCAUACAAUUGGUGUGGUGGUGGUGGUGAUGGUGGUAACGGGAAAGACGAAGAGGAGGCGGUAGCAUCGGAUACGCCCGGAGUUUCGCAUUAGAAGAGACGAUGGCAAAGGAGAGAUGACUGUGCUGGGGAGAGAUAGUCCAAGGUGGAAAUUAAGGAUGUCCCUGAUCAUUAUGAACUUGAUAUUUUCAAGUAUAUAUGGGUGUUGUGCUCAACCAACAAACCCUUAUUUUGUGACAAAAAUUCAUCGAGGAAGGCGUAAUGACUUGUACAUACGAACGGUUGUGAUCAAGCAUAUCACAUUGCCUACAUCUAUAAUUCUGCGUGACCCAAGAGGAAUAGAAUGGAAAACAAACACAAAGGUUUGGAGCGAUGGACGAACAUGGUUGACCGGGGGUUGGAUGAGUCUAUGCCAACGAAAUCUCGUAGACAUAAAUGAUAGGUUAGUCUGUGAGUUUUUGCCCCGUGAGGAGGGAGAGGAUGUCGCGGUCUGGCACGUCACAACCAUCAUCCCAGAUUCUGCUUAAUUUUUUAUGCCUCAUGUCUUAUACAGUUAUACUCCGUAUAUGUUUUCUAUGCCCAAAGGACUAUUAGCGAUUCGUGAUUGAUGGUUCAGUUCCAUUUCUCAUUUUUAUUACUAUGCCUUAAUUUAUGAUACUUUCUUUUUUCAUUCUUUGCUGCCACUAUUCUUUUGAGAUCCUCUAAUUAAAUUAAUUUG